UGUUGCAAUAACAAACUUUCACAAUUCUUUAAAUUUACUCCCAGUAUCUCUUUCCUUAAGCAGCUGUUAAGCCAGUUUGGCUAAUAGAGCUACAACAAACCAUUACUUCAAUGGCUGAAGGCGGUAGAGAGUAUGGUUCUGAUUUAAAUUGGUCACCAGAAUAUGUAGAAAAUCUUCAAGAACAGAAAGACGAGGUGCUGGUAUUUCAAUCUUUAUUUGAAGUGGAGGGAGAUCAGAGAUUUAGUAUAAUAAGUGAUGGACCAAUAGAUUUAACAGAUGAUCAAAUGUUCUCACUUCAGUUUUUAGUCCCAGUGAAAUCACCAUAUGAACUUAUGACUGUAAAUGUUUGUAUUCCUGAGGGUGAUCUUAGAGAAAAUGAUGUUAAUAAUAAAGAUGUAGUUCUACAGAGAUCAGAAUCAAGGAAUACAGUAUUUGCUUCAUUUUCUGUGAAGUUUUUAACACCUUUGAGGCUAACAGUUGUAUUAACACCAGGGUACCCUUCAUUUGAACCACCUAUUUUCACAUUGUCUUCAUCAUGGUUGAAUGGAGACCAUCUUACCUCUUUGUGCAUACAACUAGAUAGACUAUGGAAUGAAUGUCCAUCAAUGCCAAUACUCUUCUCAUGGAUUGAUUGGCUUGAACACAAUAUUUUUAGUUAUUUAGGUAUCAGUGAUAAAGUAUUUGUCCAACAAUGUGUUACAGAUGAUGAUAUUGACACCAGGGCUGUUCCAGAUUGUGAUAAUAUAGAUGAUACUGUUAAUGAAAUGCUCAGGUAUAAUAUGCAAGAAGAGAUCACAGAAUUCUUAAGAUAUGACCAGGAAUGUGGUAUUUGUUUUUGUGAAAAGUCCGGUAGAGAUUUUGACAGGCUGCUACCAUGUAAACACCAUUUCUGUAGAGAUUGUAUGGCAGAACAUUGUUCACUUCAUGUUAAAGAGGGUACUGUUCAAAAUUUAUUAUGUCCAGAACCCAAAUGUGAAACAGAAAUCAGACCUUACAUUUUAAAGGAAGUGCUGAAUGAUGAUGAUUAUGAAAGAUGGGAAAGGCUUAUAUUACAGCAUGGAUUAGAUACAAUGGGAGACAUUAUUUACUGCCCAAGAUGUCAGAAUGUUGUGGUAAAGGAGGAGGAUCUAGGACAUUGUUUGUCAUGUCUGUUUACAUUCUGUACAAAGUGCUUAGAGAAAUGGCAUCAGGGAGAUACUUGUUUCUUUGAAAAGGAAGUGGAGGGAGAUGAAGAUAGUUCUGGUAAAAAUGGAUCUAAUGAGUCAGGCUAUGUACAUGUUGAGGAAAGCGAAGAUGAACGGAAAAGGUUGCGAAGGCAGAGAAGAAAGGAAAUGAAUUUAAGCUAUCAACUAAUUCGUGCCAGAACCAGACAAUGCGCAAAAUGUAAAGCACCUAUUGAGAAAAAUGGUGGCUGCAACAAAGUGACAUGUUCCAAGUGUGGUAAUGCCAUGUGUUGGGCUUGUGGGAGAGAUAUAACCAAGAUAUCUUAUGCACAUUUUUCUGACAACCCAAAAUGUGGAAACUUUACUAUAGAUGAUGAUAUUUUACAGAUGCCUUUCAGAGAUCCAACUCCACAGAAAGUAAGGGAAAUAGAGGAGGCCAUUUUAGAAGGUGGAGUAGUUGCAGAAAGAAAUGUAAAAAGAUGUCCUCAUUGUCGACAGAGAAAUUUAAGAGAAAACAGAAACAAUCAUAUGAAAUGUUGGAACUGUAAAAAUAGUUUUUGUUUUCUUUGUUUUGAAUUGAUAAAACCACCAUAUACCAAACAUUUCACGAAUACUCUUUGUAAACAACACUCAAAGCAUGAUGUAGAAGAUAUGCAGCCAAGAAAACCAAGAAAGAAAGCUGAUAUGAAUAGUUAAUAGAAAUUAGAAGUUAAGUUUAAAAUGAAUCAAAAGGUAUCAAUACCAAUAAUCCAAAUGACAGUCAAUAUUUAUGCCCCCGUCGUAGCGGAGGGGGCAUAAAGUUUUACCCUUGUCCGUCUGUACGUAUGUCCAUCCGUACGUCCCGAAGUUGGUUUCCGUUCUCUAACUUUAGUUUGCCUCAACUAAAUGUUAUGAAACUUAUACACAAUGCUUAUUACCACAUAAUACAGAUCAAGUUUCGAAAUUGGGUGGCGUCACUUUUACCGUUCUUUAAUUAUGCCCCUUUAUAAACAUAAAAAUUGCUGAAUAUUUCGUUUCAGUUCUCUAACUUUAGUUUGCCUCAACCAAAUGUUAUGAGACUUAUACACAAUGCUUAUUACUACAAAACUCAGAUCAAGUACAAAUUUGGGUAGGGUCACUUUUACCGUUCUUCAGUUAUGUUCCUUUAUAUCUUUAUAUGAUAUGCAAGCGGGAGCAUCAUCUGUGUCCCAUGGACACAUUCCACAUUUAUUUUUUUAGUAUUAGUUAAAAAUAUUUCAAACCACAAAUUAUAAACUGUUUUAAGAGGAAUGCAAUGUUUUAAAAUAUAAAAAAACCCAGUAAAAAUAGUAUUAAAAUCAUCAAUAAAAAGUUAGAUAAUGAAUUAGAAUAGUAGAAAAUUGUUUCUGAAGUUUACUGAUGUUUUUAACAGUCUUGACAUUCACUUUACCUAGUAGGAUCAGGUCUUUUUAUAUGACCGCAAAAUUUUUGCCUUCGUUUUAUGUUAUGGUAAUGUCUGCUUCAUCGUCCGAAAACAUUAUGGUUAGCAGACAAUAACUUGAGUAUUAGCGUAUGAAUCUCUAUAAAAUUUUAGUAAAAGGUUCUAUACCACAAUAGGAAGGUUGGGAUUGAUUUUGGGGGUUAUUGUCUUAGCUGUUUUGUAAUUCUGGGUCAAAAAGUGGCCAAAAACAAGCAUUUUUCCGGUUCCCAGACAAUAACUUUGUUCACAGACAAUAACAUGAGUAUAAGUGUAUGGAUCUCUAUGAAAUUUUAGCACAAGGUUCCAUACCACAAUAGGAGGGUUGGGAUUGAUUUUUUUGGGAGUUAUUGUCGUAGCUGUUUAGUAAUUAGGGGCUAAAAAGUGGCCAAAAACAAGCAUUUUUCUGGUUCGCAGACAAUAACUUUGUUCACAGACAAUAACAUGAAUAUAAGUGUAUGGAUCUCUAUGAAAUUUUAGCACAAGGUUCCAUACCACAAUAGGAGGGUUGGAGUUAUUGUCAUAGCUGUUUAGUAAUUAGGGGCCAAAAAGGGGCCAAAAACAAGCAUUUUUUUUGUUUUAUGUAUUAGAGUAUGGAUCUCUAUGAAAUUUUACCACAAGGUUCCAUAUUUGAACAGAAAAGUUGGGAUCGAUUCUGAGGAUCAUGGCCCAAACCGUAUAUGAAUUAGGGUGCGAAAAGGGGCCAAAAAACUAGGAUUUUUUAGUUUCAGGACAAUAACUUGAGUAUAAGUCUAUGGAUUGCUAUUUAUAAUAUAUUGUGGUAAGAUAUGGUUGGCAUGCCUGAAUGAAAUUUUAAAAAUAGAGUAUAUUAAGAACAGCAAGUGUUAAAAAGCAAAUUGAGAUAUUGAAUUAAAUAAUUUUGAAAUAAAUGUAAAUUUAAUUUUUGAUUAGAUAUGAUAUUAAAUAUAUUUUUUCUUUAAUUAAGUCUCCCAAACGAAGUUUGGGAAGACUUAUUGGUUUUGCUCAGUUCUUCUUCUUCUUCUUCCUCUUCCGCCGCUUUUAAAUUUGAACUUGUCCGCACCUGUUCUCCAAAACCGCUUGUCAGAUUAACUUAGGGUUUCACAAUAUUUUAGACUAACAUGUCUAGUGGUGCAAUCAGGGUUUUGUUUGUGCAAUGGGGUUUAUAAAGGGGCACUUUGAGGGGCAAAAAGAAAGGAAGGUUUUACUAUAGAACCCUAUGAGAUUUUAUUUUUUAAAAUUUUCAAAUGAUUAUAAAUUGAAAACCAAUUGUGAUAGACACAAUCUUUUUAAUUGAAAAUGUUUUAAAUGAUAAAGCACAUUAAAUGAAAUACAGGGUAGAUCCCCAGGGGUCAUCCCCACCCCCUGCCAUUUAAGAAAGUUCUAAUAUCUUGUAAAUGGUCGAGAUCCCCACCCCUUAACCAUAUGUAUUCUGGUUUGUCAUGCUAAGAUGGUUUGAAUGAUAUACAGGGUAAGUCCCUAGAAGUCAUCCCGACCCCCUGCCAUUUGAGAAAGUUCUAAUAUCUUGUAAAUGGUCGAGAUCCCCACCCCUAAACCAUAUAUAUUCUUGUUUGUUAUGAUAAAGCACAUCAAAUGAAAUACAGGGUUAGUCCCCAGGGGUCACCCCCACCCCCUGCCAUUUAAGAAAUUUCUAAUAUCUUGUAAGUGGUCAAGAUCCCCACCCCUAAACCAUAUAUAUUCUGGUUUUUCAUGCGAAGAUGGUUUGAAUGAUAUACAGGGUUAGUCCCCAGGGGUCACCCCCACCCCCUGCCAUUUAAGAAAGCUCUAAUGUCAAGAUACCCAUCCCUAAACCAUAUAUAUUCUGGUUUGUCAUACCAAGAUGGUUUGAAUGAUAUACAGGGUUAGUCCCCAGGGGUCAUCCCGACCCCCUGCCAUUUGAGAAAGUUCUAAUAUCUUAUAAAUGGUUGAAAUCCCCACCCCUAAACCAUAUAUAUUCCUGUUCAUCAUGUCUCGAACAUUUGAAUGCCGUAUAGGGUCAGUCCCCAGGGGUUCCCCCCACCCCCAAUGUUCUAGUAUCUUGUAAAUGGUCGAGAUCCCCACCCCUAAACCAUAUAUAUUCUGGUUUGUCAUGCCAAGAUGAUUUGAAUGAUAUACAGGGUUAGUCCCCAGGCAUCACUAAUGCAUAUAACUUUACUGGACCAAACCAAUUUUCACUGGACUUUGUCAAAUGUCAGGCGACCCUGGGAAUUACAAAUUAUGGGAGCUUCGUUUGGUAGACUUCGUAACAGCAUCGUUACAAUCAUUUCUUGUUGAUAUUUGCAGUAUUCAAACAUUUUGAAACAAUGUUGCAACCUGAAUAAUGUUAUUAACCAGGAGUUGUGCAUUUGUCUGUUAAAGGGUAAUGUAAUGAUUACAUCCAUGGGGAAAAAAGGAAUUUCCACUAUGCAGAGAAAGCAUUAAGUUUUACCCUUGACAAUCUGUACGUCAGUCCGUACGUGUGUACGUCCGUACGUCUGGAAAUUGGUUUCCAUUCUCUAACUUAAGUUUGCCUCAACCAAAUAUUAUGAAACUUAUACACAAUGAUCAUUACCACAAAACACAGAUCAAGUUUGAAUUUUGGUGGCGUUACUUUUACUGUUCUAGAGUUAUGCCCCUUUACAAAUGGAAAAAUUGCUGAAUUUUUCAUUUCCGUUCUCUAACUUAAGUUUGCCUCAACCAAAUGUUAUGAAACUUGUACACAAUGCUUAUUACCACAAAACUCAAAUCUAAGUAUGAAUUCGGGUAGUGUCACUUUUACUGUUCUUGAGUUAUGUCCCUUUAUAACUUUAUAUGCAAGCAGGGGCAUCAUCUGUGUCCCAUGGACACAUUCCCCAUUUAUUUAUGUAUAUCUAGUCUGCCUGUUUUGAUAUCGAAUUACAGUAGUAGAGGAAAACUUGUUUAAACUGCAAUACUAUUAAGAAACAUUUUUGUAAUUAUAGAAUACCUAAUCAAAGAAAUCAAAAAAAGAAAAGUAUUCAAUGAAUGACCGAACAACACAUUAAUUCAUGAAUGCACAUAGCACAUGAGUUAAUUAUCUGUGUUGUUGGCCACAAACAGAAUACUUUUCAAUAUUUGAUUUCCUUGAUUAGUUAUUCUUUUUAUGACAUUGACAAUGGGCUUUUUAAGGGAAAUAAAGUAGAAAAUGCAAGGAACUAUAUCUUUUUCUACAAAUUCACAAUUUGCUUUGAUGUAACGUCAUCGAAACGUCUUACCAACACCUAUUUUCGUAUGACAUCAGAGGAGUGAAAUUAUUGGUUUUUUAUUUCACUGGGAAAUCACGAUAAUUCAUUGCAACCAAUGUUGUAAUAUAAUUUAAUCAUUUCUCAUGUAUUUUCUGAAAGUUCAAGAACUUGUGUAUACAUACAUUUUUUAAAAGUUAUAUUUUGUGGUUUAAUCACCAUUUUCAAGUGUUUAUGUCUUAUGUGUCAGUUAUUACAAAACCUGUUGUUAAUUGAACACUAUAUUUAUAUUUAUCAGAAUUCAAGAUAUAUAAUAUAUCUCAUGAAGUAUUGCCUCUAUCUUAUAAAAUAUGUCAAUUUAUAAACUUUAUAUCCUGUAGAAAUCUAUCUUAUUUUUUGUAUUCUGUAAAUAAGAGAUUUGAAAUUCUUCUUGAUUUAUUACUUUUAAAACUUAAGAACUUACAAUAUAUGUAUAGUUGGUUCAUGCCAAAAGAUGAAAAUGGCCAUCUUACACAAUUGAAAUUAUGAUAUUAUCCAUUGAUUCAAAGAAAUAAAUAAAAUUUAAUUUAAUUUCUCAUCCCCUCCCAUUUAUACACAUUUUCCACAAUCAAAAAAUAUUGCACAUGUAUUUACCAGAUUAAUAAUCAUAAUUUUAUUUAUUCAAUAUUUGAGUAAAUACUCAGUCAUCUACUUAAUGAUCUACACAUUAUUUGUCUGAGGAAAAUAGUUGAUUUUAUGAUAGCUCUAGAACAUCUUUUGUUUUUUGCCAUGAAAAUUUUGGAUAGUUUGUUUCUAUUUCAAAUUAGUAAACAACAUUGAUUUAAAAAAGAUGUUGUUCCUGUAUUUAACUAGGGAAAAAAAUAGUUUGUAUUUUUAUUAUUAAAGUUUAAAACAAUUAGUUGUCCUAAGAAUAAAAAUGUCUCACACAUGAUGUGUGGAUGUGACCUUGUAUUAAUAUUAUUACUUUUGAGUCUGUGAUAAUAAUUUGUAUUUAUUUAUGACAUUGUGAUAAUUUUUUUAGUUUACCUCAACCGAGUCCUUAAAUCAUUUAUCUAUAAAAUUAUCUUAUAAUGAAUUUUUAAAUUAUUUUUAUCUUACUUUUAAGAAAUGUAAUAAAUUUAAGAAAAAUA